AUGAAGUCCAAAAAUGUGGAGCUUGAAAGAGUAAAGGGCUUUCAAAGACAUAUGAAACAAGCCUUUUUUCCAGAUUCAGGAAAAGAUGUUAAUCCAGAUGAACUGGACAUUACACUUCUUAUAUUCCUGCUCCGAAAUUUUACAAAAAUUCCGGCGCCUAUGAACGGAUGGGACAGGGAACCGUCAUUUAUCGAUUCUUCCCAAGGAGCAGACUUAUUGAGAAUUUGGAAUAUUCGAAAUGUACUUGCUCAUAACCAUGAUGGGAAAUUAACCAAAGACAAUUUUGACAAACUAUGGAAGGAUAUGGAAAUUGCCAUACAGCGUUUAGGAAAAGGCGCAUUUAAUGAUGAAAUCAAGAAUAUCAAGAUUGCGACGCCAAAUGAAUUAGCUGAAAAAAUCCAGCUUAUUCAAGAAACAUUCGGUGAAGUAAUGGCCACGCUCCAUCAGGUUUUGAGAGAGCUAAAAGAUCCUGUGCAAUCUAAUAUAAGACGUGAUAUUAAUGAUGAAUUGCAAAGUUGGAUGAAAGAAGAUGAAACCUUUUACGAAACAGCAUUUUCGAGGAAUGCUUUACAAGCAGCAACAUUGGAAAACUUCGUAAUGAUAACUGGAAACUCGGGAUCAGGAAAAACUGCUACAAUGUGCCACAUUGCCCUAACUCUAAAGAACAAAGGAUAUGAUAUUAUACCAGCCAUGAGUCCAAUGGAAAUAAAACAAUAUUACUUAGGCGACGAAAAACAAGUCUUUGUAGUCGAUGAUGCUUUAGCAAGUUUAGAAGGUCAUGUAAACAAUGUUGAGCUACUCCUAAAACGAGAUGUGAAUGUUAAUGAAUGUGAUAAAGAAAAGAGGACUCCUUUACUUGCAGCAAGUGGUCGGGGUCAUUUAUCUAUUGUACAGAUGCUGCUAAUGAAAGGUGCUAAUAUUGACGCUUGUGAUAUAUUUGGCUGGACACCUUUAAAAGUUGCCUGUGCAAAGGGGCAUAUCGAAAUAGUUGACAUUUUAUUGCAAACUUCUUCGAAGUCAGUGGAUGAACUUUCUAAUGACUUGUGUACGCAGGAAGAUAUAGGAAAGGCUGAAAAGUUUAUAGAGCGGUCAGGCAUCAAAUUACUAAAGCGUUUUUUGGUUAGUAGAACUUCUGAUGCAAUUGUCUGUGUUGCCCCAGGAUAUGGAAUAUCUCCUUUAUUUAUAGCUUGUUGUAAUGGGUAUCACGAAGUCGCUAAUUUAUUAUUAUUAAGAGGUGCAUCAGUAGACCGCUGGCAUGAGAUUGGCGGUGAAAAAUUGACAUCUUUAAUGGUCGCUUGCUUUAAUGGAUAUUCGAAAGUUGUUUCUGUGUUACUAUCACAUGGGGCUUCAUACAUGUAUACAUCCAAGGCUAAUCAUUAUACAGCAUUGAUUUGCUCAUGCACCGUCGAUGAUGUUUUUGUUUUUAAUGCCCCAAUAUCAGUGUUUAAGGAGACCGAUAAGUUUUCCUUCGAAAAAUCAAAUCCUGUGGCAGUUGUUAAGGAAAUACUUUCAAAAAACUCAAAUAAAACUUAUCUUGAAAAGAAAGACAACGAGGGUCUAUCUGCAUUGCAUCAUGCAUGUUUAAACAAUAUGCUGGAAAUUGCAAAACUGCUUUUAUCAUGCGAUAUAGACGUAAAUAUACGCAGUAAAGGAAACUUUACACCUUUAUGGAUUGCUUGCCAAAGAGAUUACUCAGAUAUCGUUUGUUUGUUACUGUCUCAUGAUGCAAAAGUAAACAUUUGUUCCGUUUAUGGAAUAUCUCCUCUCUGGAUCGCAUGCAUGGAACGGUAUAACUACAUUACACAUCCCGAUUUACUUUAUUAUAUAGAGAUAGACUGGUCACAUAUGAAAAUAAUUUCUUCAUUGAUAUCCCACGGUGCAGAGGUAAACGCUGUUGACAUCUGGGGUAGAACACCUCUGUUUUUAGCGAGUAUGAAAGGCGACAAUGAACUUGUUUCUUUUUUGCUUGAAAAGGGAGCAUCUGUGAAUAGAAGUGAUGUAUUUGGAACGUCACCCAUUGGGAUAGCAUAUGAUUUUUCUCAUUACAGCACAGUUGGUAAAUUACUUAUUAAAAUGGAAAGAAGAUGA